CUCCACCCGGUGGCUGCUUCUGCCGAUGCGCGUGACGCGCAGAAGAUGUACGACGCUCGAAAGCGAGUCCAGCAACUGUCCAACAGUAUUACGCGAAGCGUCUGCGGACCGCUCGAAUAUACCGUCCUUCUCGCAGAAUCCUGUCAUGAGAGCGCAGCUCUACGCUUUGUCACAGAAUACGGCGUAGCAGACGCGAUUGGCGACGGGUCCAAGUCGCUGUUAGACAUAUGCAGCGAAGUCCAAGUCAACUUCAGAUACAUGGAUGUCGCGAUGAAGUGUCUAUGCUCCCACGGCUACUUCGAGGAGGUCGGCGGUUUCAACACCAGGGUCUUCAGAAACAACGCCAUGUCCGAGGUGCUUCGGACGGAGCAUCCACAGACCCUGAAGGACGCCAUUGGGUUCAUUUGUGACGAGGGAGGAAAGGCCACUUCUUAUCUUGUGGAGGCGGCACGCACUACGCCUUCUGUGGUCGAUAGUCCGACUCCAGCGGUAAACCUUGCCUUUGGUUUCGAAGGGCCGGUAUUCCAACACUGGGCGGAAGGCGCCCAUGCUUGGCGCGGAAAGCGACUCGGCCACGCGAUGAAGCAGCUUCAUCAAGUCGCCAACGGUAACGUUAUCGCUGACUUCCAGUGGUCGGCGUUGCAAUCGCCGGUUGUUGACGUCGGAGGCGGCAUCGGAGCCCUAGAGCUCGCCCUGGUGAGAGCGUAUCCCGACUCCGCCGUAAACUUUGUCGUGUUCGAUAUCGCCGAAACGCUCGGGCACGCGAGGACGGUGUGGGAGGCGCAGCCUCAUGACGCCCGACGCCGCGUCUCUUUCGUGGCGGGCAACUUUCUCGCGCCGACGCUUGCCGCAACGCGCCUUCCGUGCGGCCAACCCACGUACCUAAUCCGACAUGUCCUGCACGACUGGACGGACGAGCAGGUCAUCGCCAUCCUGCAAAACGUGCGUGCCGCCAUGCUGGCGCCGCCGCCCGCUGAGAACCCUACGUCCGACCACGGCAUACGCCCGGUGCAUCGUGCGCCCGGCGGGGCGCCGAAGCUGCUGCUCUGCGAGAUGCUGCUCCAGAAACGCAGCGGGCGGUUCGCCUACACGACCAGCCUGCAGGUACUCGCGCUGAAUAAUGGAAUCAUCCGGACGGAGGCGGAGAUAGUGGACCUCCUACAGCGGGCUAGGUUCAGGGUGGUCGUCGCGCACGCCAUGCGCGCAGUGGACACGAUCAUUGAAGCCGUUCCGUUGGAUGUGUAGGUUACGUUGGGCGCGGAUUAAUGCACGCACCGACCCUUUGCGUUGCGGGCAUCGCUGUCGCGCGAGGGAAACGACUUCUGCGGAAGCUGAGAAAUUUCCACCGUCCUCGGUGCCUACGAUCAGGUCCUGCACGCGGUGUGCGGCGAUGGCGACCGCGGCGGUCCCGUAGAGGUUAGUACAUUGACGCUACACACUGU